GCAUGAAUAAUCAAUUUGCAUUGUUAUUUCAAGUAGUAUUUGACAAGCACAACGUUCAGAGUUUGUCGCUUAGUAUUUGUAUUAUUAACAAGAAGACAAAUCCAAGAAAAUGAGAUUAAUUUUCUUAACGUUGUUUGUAUGGACCAUAAUUUUUGAAGCAAAUAAAAAUUUUGUUUCAGCACAAACAGCAACUGAAACUCAAAUACAAAAAGAAGUAACUGAUCCACCAAAAU